AUGACCGACGAAACAGCAUCCGCAUCACCACCGCCAGUAUCGUCUGAUCCAAAGACGACCGAGAAACCAAUCAAUGCUGCUCGACGCAGACGAAACCGUAAAAAGAAAAACAAGAGCAAGCAGACGGAAAGCCAAAAGGAACAAGAACGUCAAAAGGAAUUGGAAUUUUCCAAAAUGAACAAUCAUGCCAAGUUGAGAAGUGAUUUGAUUCAACAAGGCUUUUCUGCCGAACAAAUUGACGCUGCCAUGGACGAAAUGUGGAAUCAGAACAUGCCAUAUGAUGAAUACGAUCAUGUCCUCAAGUAUCUCAAGGAAGGCAAAAAGAUGAAGAAGAACAAACCAAAUAACGACGGUGGUGGUGUCGAAGAAACCAAAGAGGUAGAAGCCACAGAUUUGACGCCUAGUCAAGUGAACAACAAGCCAGUAGUUUCAGUAUCGAGUACACCAAAACGAAACAAUGGCAAAAGCAAAUCGAACUUGAAUUCCAUGGCGGCGCGAUUGGAUUUGGUGGCAGGAUUCGACAAUUUGGCCGACGCCAUUUUUGCCAUGACGGAAUGGAUCAUCAAGGCUGCCAAACCAAAUGAAUUGGAAGAAUUGUGCGCUUCGGUUUCGACCGUGGCCUUGUCCAAAAUCAUUCGGCGAUCCAUUACCGAAUCAUCCUCAGCCCAAUUUGAAUCUACCAUUUUGCCCGGCAUGGUUCGAUUGCUGGAAAAUUUGUUGCAAAAGUGUGGGAUGCCCGCCUCGGACAAUAAUAGUAAUAGCUUUCCCUCCAUCCUCCAACAGGCACGCACGGUCUACCAAAUGAAAAAGACAGGAUCGGAAGGAAUUCCCCAACGGGUGGCCGAAUUCAUGGUGGCUCGCAUGUAUGUCAUUUUGAAAGAAUCCAGAAUUUCCAAUGCCAAGAAUGUCGACAGUACCAAACUAUUCCACAACAACAACAACAACAAGGCACCAGCUACGACCGCCAAUGGAAAAGGUGGCAUUGCCAAAAAGGGUUUUGCGGCAAUGUAUUCCGAACGGGAAACUCAUCGGAUUGUCGCCAAGCAAUUUGGAGCGGCUGCCUUGGCAUCCUGCCGGGCGAUUGUUGCCGCCUCAAAUGGUAGCAACGGCAGCAACGCCCAAGCGGCGGCCGAGGCGGCUGCCAAGACGGACAUUUUUUCGGCCAUUGUUGACGACGAUACCAAUGCCGCCUUUCAUCAACACGAAUUCAUGUAUACCGAACUCAAAGCACAAGUGAAUGACGAAGAAAACAAGGAAGGGAAUCAUCAAGCGCUAGUGGGACUCCGUAGUGAAUUUGAAAUGGUUCAAACCGAACGAAACUUGCUGGCCACGCAGAUUGAAGAAUUGCAAAAAUCCAUUGCCAAACUUGAGGCGCAGGAUCAAGAGCUGGUCCACAAACAAUUCAAGAUUCAAGAAGAAAUGGAUGACAAGAAGGGACAACAAUCGGACGAAACCAAGAAACUCAAUCAAGCCUUGCAAGAAGCAUCAGUGCAACUGCAAAGUGACGAAUACGUUCGUAGUCUGGUGGAUUUGCUCAAGGACUUUGACGAUGCACUCGCCGAACGAUCGGUCCAAGCCAUUUCCCAAGGAGCUUCUCCGCAAGAGAAUGCCUCCAAGGCCAUGGACUUUUACUUGACCAGGGCCAAGAACUACUUUCAAUCAGAGGCCAGCUUGUUUCAACUUUUGCAAAAGCGAAUUGUGAACAAUCAAACACAAGUGGCGGAAAUGAAACGGGAAAUUGAAAUGUGCCAAGGUUUGGGUAUGACGACCACCAUUAGUCAAAUGGAAGAAGACAUCAAUUCCAAAGAGACAAUGGUGAUCCGAGACAAAGCGCUGGUCUCGCGUAUACGGUCGGAUUCGGCGGGCAUGUUUGACGAAUUAAUGGUGUGGUUGGAAGCUUACAAUACUGCCCGCGACAAGGAUCCAAACCGACUAGUUCCGAUUUCGGACAAGAUAAUUCAAGGGAUUCCACCCGAAACAUCCAAGUUGGAGGUUCCCAAUGGAGACAGAUUGGAUGCCUUUCUCGCCAUUCAUGAUAUUGUAAGCAUUCAGCCACCAGAAUUCUCCUUUGAGCCAUCCGAAGCCGCCAAAGAGGAAGGUCUGGAAGAAACCAAGAAAGAGGCCGCUCCAAAGUUCACUUGGGCCAAGAGUCCUACCAAUGUUGCCAACACCAGUGUCAAGAAAUCGUUGUUGGAUAUUCAAAAAGAAGAGCUGGAAUCGAAAAAGCAGGAAGGAAAGGUAGAAGAAGCACUGGAAGCGACAGAAGAGAAGCCAGCGUCAGGAGAUGCUGUCAAGCAGGAGGAGGAAGAAAACGAAACUCCAAAGACAGUCGAACCUGAAAAGGCGCCUGAACCUGAAAAAGCCGUAGCUCCUGAAUCGGACGCCAAGGAAACUUCGCCCGAACCCGAAAAGACAUUUGAGCCUGAAACGGCGGUGGCUCCUGAAUCAGACCCACAGCCAGAGGAAACGAUUACGAAGCCGGAAGAAGAGGCACCAAAGGAAGCAGAACCAAAAGCAGCUCCUUUGGAAGCAGACAAACCAAGUACCCCAGCAGAGUCUACGGCCCCCGCUCCGGAAGCAAUUUCGAUACCUUCCCCAGAGGAACCUGCCAGUGAUGAAACUCCAUCAUCCGAAGCAAGAGAUCCUUUACUAUUCCCUUGCUUCCUCGCACCUCCUACUGGAACUACUCUUUCCAUGCCAUUUGCGCCGUUUCGAAAGGAGGACGAAGGCAAGGCCAUUGAUCUCGGUGAUUACGUGGAGGCAGAGAAGGGUGAAACAAAAAGCAGCUAG